CAACGCGGUUGGAUCUAAAAAGUAAGAGGUUAAUUAUACCUUUAGCACUUACAUGUAGGACGUGCAAGGCGGGGCACGAAGACUUCCUGCAUCCGAGAAAAGAUUGAUCAACAGGUCUUCUAUGGUAGUAAAUGCACGAAAGUAAAGCAUUCCGAUGCUGGUUUGUCUACAAAAGCUCUUCUCUGCCUUGAAUUUUCUUGUAUUCUAAUUGACAAGGAGGAAGAAAUUAUGGGGUCUUCACUGGCGUUAACCCUCCUCGUGUCUCUCUUGAUUUGUUUGUUUCAAUUCACUCGUUGUGUUUCUUCAGUGCAGCCGCUAUGUCGUAGUGAUGAGCGACUUGCCUUGUUGCUAUUCAAGGAAAGCUUGGCUGUGGAUAAAGAAGCUUCUGCUAAUCCAUUUGCUUAUCCCAAGGCUGAUGGAUGGAAAUUUCAAGGGGUUGAUUGCUGCUACUGGGAUGGCAUCGAGUGUGACCAUAACACCGGUCAUGUGACUGCUCUUGAUCUCAGCAGCAGCUGCCUGUAUGGCUCCAUCAACUCCACCAGCAGCCUCUUCCAUCUCCUCCAUCUCCGAAAGCUUAACCUGGCAGACAAUGACUUCAACUCCUCUCAGUUACCAUCCAGACUGGGCAAUCUUUCGAUGCUGACAUAUCUUAAUCUCUCUACUUCUUCAUUUUCUGGUCAAAUUCCAUUAGAAAUUUCAUGGCUCUCCAGGUUGACUUCACUCGAUCUAUCAAACACGAUGGGGUUGGAAUUUGGCAUGUUUUCACACGGUGGACUGAAACUUGAAAGGCCGGAUUUCAAGAGCUUGAUACAAAAUCUAACCAGCCUGAAACACCUCCAUCUCCGUCAUGUGGUUAUAUCUUCUCCGGUACCUAACAUCUUGGUGAAUUUGUCUUCUUUAUCAUCUCUUGAUCUCAGUUAUUGUGGAUUGUUGGGAAAGCUGCCAACGUCCAUUUUCCACUUACCAAACAUCCAGUUCCUUGAUGUAUCCAACAACUUGCACCUCAGCGGUACAUUACCUGCAACUCUUUCAUGUAGGCGGCUUAAGUUUCUAUCAAUAAGGUUUACAAGUUUGUCUGGUGUUUUACCUGCUUCCAUUGGGAACCUCCAUUCCUUGGAACUCUUGGAUGUUACUGCUUGUAAAUUCAGAGGGCCGUUGCCAUCUUCACUAGGUAAUCUCACCAACCUCACUGAAUUGGCCCUUCUAAACAAUUCUUUCUCCGGUGAUAUACCAUCUUCUUUGUCAAACCUCACUCGAAUGGGUUUUCUUUCCCUUGGCAUCAACAACUUCAAUCCCAGUAGCAUCCCCUCUUGGUUUGCUAACUUGAACCAGCUUCACGAGUUGCAUUUGCCCUUCUGUGGAAUUACAGGUCCCAUCCCAUCUUUCUUUGCAAACCUGACUCAGCUUGCUGUGUUGGACCUAAAACGUAAUCAACUUACUGGACGGUUUCCAGUUGGAAUUACAAACCUGACUCAGUUAGAAUCUCUCUCUCUUGGGUCAAAUAUGAUGGACGGAGCACUUCCAGACUCAAUUUUUGGGCUCGAGAAUCUCCAAAUUCUCGAGAUUUACUCAAACAGAUUGAGUGGUAUAGUUGAGAUGGACCGGUUUGUUAGACUUAAAUAUUUGAGUGUUCUGUAUUUAUCCUCAAACAAUUUAACCUUGCUUUCCCUAACCAGUCCCAAUACCACCACUAGUCUUCCAAUGUUUAGUGAGCUGGGGUUGGGUUCGUGUAAUCUUAGACGGUUCCCAAACUUCUUAACUCACCAGAACCAACUGGCAUAUCUAGACCUUUCUCAAAAUGAUAUACAUGGUGAGAUGCCCAAAUGGAUAUGGGAAAUGAGCUUCGAUACUCUAUUUCUAUUGGACCUUUCUUUUAACUCUCUAACGGGAUUUCAUCAAUCUCCCACCCUUCUCCCUUGGUCUAAUAUACUCUUUUUGGACCUCAGCUCCAACCUGUUUCAAGGCUCUCCCCCAAUUCCAUCCUCUUCCAUUAUGGUUUAUUUGGCCUCCAACAACUCAUUCACGGGAGAAAUCCCACAGUUAUUUUGCAGCUUGGGCUCUGUUCGAGUUUUGGAUUUAUCUCGAAAUAACUUAGGUGGCAUCAUUCCCCAGUGUUUGAGCAAAGCUAGCAAAUCCUUGUCAGUGCUAAAUUUGAAUGUCAAUAACUUUCACGGCCCUGUUCCUCAAGCCUGGAUGAAUGGAAGCAAAUUGAAGAUGAUUAAUUUAGGUAAAAAUAAGCUGACAGGGAAGUUGCCAAGAUCAAUGGCAAGGUGUAGAAUGCUGGAGUUUCUUGACAUAGGGAACAACCAAAUCAGAGAUACUUUCCCUUUUUGGUUGGAAAGUCUUCCUAAACUGAAGAUUCUCAUAUUACGUUCCAACAGGUUUCAUGGUGAAAUAAAGAGCAGAGAGUUCAAUUCUGUGUUUCCUAAAUUGCGUGUUAUCGACAUCUCCAACAAUGGAUUCAUCGGCUCUUUGCCAUCGUCUUACUUGGAGAGCUGGAUUGCCAUGAAAAGGUUUCAUGUGGAGCACUUGUCAUACAUGCAAUCAAUUUUUUACGAUCACAUGUUUAUGGCUGGGCUAACCAUCCCAGAUGAGUACAAUUACUCAAUGACAUUGACAAACAAAGGUAUAAAAAUGGAAUAUACAAAGAUCUUGGAAGUGUUCAUGGCUGUUGAUCUCUCAUGCAACAAAUUCAGUGGAGAAAUUCCAGAAUCCAUUGGAAAUCUCAAAGGGCUUGAAUUGUUGAAUCUAUCGAACAACAUUUUGGUAGGCCAAAUUCCAACAGUUAUCGGAACUCUGACAAACCUGGAGGCUUUGGAUCUUUCCCAUAACCAGCUAUUUGGAAGAAUUCCAUGGCAACUGAGGCAACUCAACUUCCUGGAAGUUUUCGACGUGUCUUACAAUCAUCUCAGUGGGCCAAUUCCACAAGGCAGACAAUUCGGUACAUUUCCAAACAGUUCAUUUGAUGGGAAUCUGGGAUUGUGCGGAAAUCCAUUGUCCAAAAAAUGUGAGGAUUUGGAAGCCUCGCCACCCCCAUCUUCUUCAACCUUUGAACAAAAUCAUGGCGUAGGAUUGGAAUGGAGAGGGGUUUUGCUUGGUUUCGGAACUGGCUUCCUUGUUGGAACGGGUUUGGGAUGGGUUGUAGUUACUAGGAACCUUAAAUGGUUUGCGAUCACUUUUAGAAUCAAGGUGGGAAGGUGGCCCAAACAUUGAACGCCCUGCCAUGGAGUAGUAUCCUCUUUAAAAAAAACACAAGUACUGGUAUUCAGUGCAAAAUAAAGUUAUUAGAUGGUUUCUGUACUAUACACUAUCCGAGGAUUUAGUUUCUAUGCAGCAUUAUUGUUUGAAAUAAAAUGGAUUGACCACAAUGAAUUUCAACCGGCUA